AUUAAAGUUUUAGAUAUGAUGGGGGAAUUUUUAGGAUUAGUACUGGUUUUGAUAGCAACUUAAAAGGCUACUAAAUUUGUUUUAAAACUAAAACCAGUUUUGAGUGGUUUCAGUAUUUUGAAUUAUUUUUUCUCACUGUUUCCCCAAUGUGUUUCGUUUUCAUAUCUCAAACCGUGCAAUCGCGAAUAAAUCGAUUAAUAUCGUUCAACUAUCAUUGCAUAUUGGACAUUGUUAUCGCUUUACCAGAGUCUCAUUUUACUUCUUGAAUUGGAAAAUUAAGCGAAAUAAUGACGGAUAAUUGGGUUAAAAUCGCAGAAGACCAGGAAGUCUCGAAAUUGGUUGAUCAACUACAUAUAAAAUCUGGUGAUACAAACAAUGCGCAGAAUGCCGCAAGUUCAAAUUCGCCGGCUUCAAAAAGCAGCGAGGACUCACAAGCGGAUAAUGCUGAUCCAGCAGAAACAAGUCUUUUAAUUAAGAUAUUGGGCAAAGGAUUGGUAAAUACCAAAUUGUCUCUGGACAUUCAACAAAAGAACCCAAAUUCGCCUUUGCACUCGGUAAAAACUUUUGAAGCCCUUCAUUUAAAACCAGAACUACUUAAAGGCAUUUAUGCCAUGGGUUUUAAUACGCCAUCAAAAAUUCAAGAAACCGCUUUGCCAACUCUGCUAGCAGAUCCGCCACAAAAUAUGAUAGCGCAAAGCCAAUCGGGAACAGGUAAAACAGCGGCUUUUGUCUUAGCAAUGCUUAGCCGAGUUAAUACUGCACUGAAUCAUCCUCAGGUACUUUGUUUGUCACCAACUUAUGAGUUGGCAAUUCAAACAGGUGAAGCUGCAGCACGCAUGGGUCAGUUUUCGCCGGACAUUAAACUAAGAUUCGCUGUACGCGGUGAAGAAGUUGAUCGUUCCUCAAAGAUUACUGAGCACAUUUUGAUUGGAACUCCUGGAAAAAUGUUGGACUGGGGACUUAAAUUUCGUUUGUUUGAUAUGAAGAAAAUUACUGUUUUCGUAUUGGAUGAAGCUGAUGUUAUGAUUGCAACGCAAGGACAUCACGAUCAAUGCAUUCGAAUUCAUAAAAUGCUCAAGACGUCAUGUCAAAUGCUGUUCUUUUCAGCGACAUACAACAAAGAAGUGAUGGAUUUUGCACGAUUGAUUGUGACUGAUCCCACAAUUAUAAGACUAAUGCGUGAAGAAGAAUCAUUGGAUAAUAUUAAACAAUAUUAUGUUAAAUGUAAAAACGAAGAUGGAAAGUACAAUGCCAUACAAAAUAUUUAUGGCUGCAUUAGCAUUGGACAAGCCAUUAUAUUCUGUCAUACACGUAAAACUGCAUCUUGGCUCGCUAGCAAAAUGUCAAAGGAUGGCCAUUCAGUUGCCGUGCUUUCUGGGGAUUUGACCGUUGAGCAAAGACUUGCUGUUUUGGAUCGAUUCCGUUCGGGACUCGAGAAAGUUCUCAUUACAACCAAUGUAUUGUCUCGAGGCAUUGACAUUGAACAAGUUACAAUAGUGGUCAAUUUCGAUUUGCCUAUCGAUUCACGCGGAAAGGCUGACUGUGAGACUUAUUUGCAUCGUAUUGGCCGAACAGGUCGUUUUGGAAAAUCCGGAAUUGCUAUUAAUCUCGUCGAUAGUGAGAAAAGUAUGGAAGUGUGUGCGGCUAUUGAGAAGCACUUUCAAAAAGAUAUCGAAUUUUUAAACACUGAUAAUGCAGAUGACAUUGGAAAAAUUGGAAAUUAAAAUAAUCAUCAUUCCAUAAUUUAAAGUUGAUAUUGUCGAAUCUUGAUAUGACUAUUAUGCACAAUUCAGGAUGAAAAAUAAAUAUACAUAUGUUUCAUAUUCAUUAAUAUAAUAACAAA